GGUCUCACGUUGCAUGAAUGUGUCCUACGCGUAGGAAUUGGUGAAUUUAGCGACGCGGCUAUAGAGUUUAUCGCAUUUAAACACAAAUUUGACAUCGUUCUAAUACGUCAAAAGCUUGGAAAUUGUUGCGAACAUAUCUGCGCUGCUUAAAAGUUCCCCCUCAGUCUCACUCCCCCUAAUGGCAUGGCUGUGCUGGCGGCUGCUAUACAUAUGAAGACCAAAACCCACUUCUCAAACAUCACCUAAAAACAGACGACAUGUGUGACCAGAGCACGGAGAUGACAAGUGGAGACGGAGGACUGGAUGGGGAGGAGCCGAAUAUAACCGGAGAAAAGAGGAGGUCACCCGGGCAACAGCAGGAACAGGAAGUGAACACGGCGAACGGAGAAGACGAGGAAAUGACCAGCGGAUCACAUGACCUGUCCUCUUCGGCCAAUCACAGCCCUGGAAGCAUCACCGAGUCAACUUCGGCAUCAACGUCAACAAAGAGCAGCAGUGAAGCGGCAGGUCGAGGGCAGGCGCACAGGGAGGUGAUGAGCGCUGUGGCUGAAAUGAAGAAGAGACUUCCCUCCGACAAACGUAGCCGCAGUAAAGCCUCGACAGUGGAGGCGCUGCACUACGCCCUCAACUGUGUCAAACAAGUGCAAGCCAACAGUGAGUACUACAAGCUACUGAUGCGUAACGGCCAGGAUGAGAGGCAGAUGUCCACAGUGUGUACUCUGGAGGAGCUGGAGAGGGUCACAUCUGAACACACUUUGAAGAACACGGACUCGUUCGUGGUGGUCUUCUCUCUGGCCACGUGCCGUGUCCUCUACGCCUCAGAGCAGGCUCCCAGCAUCCUUGGCUGCAAGAGGAAGUUCCUGGAGUCAGCAAAGUUUGUGGAGCUGCUUUUCCAUCAGGACGUGAAUGUGUUCUACUCUCACACAGCCCAGCCACACCUACCGCCGUGGAGCAACUCUCAUACAGUUGGAGUCCUGUUCGACUGUGCUCAGGUCAAGUCGUUCUUCUGCAGAAUCAGAGGAGGGAAGGAUCGUGAGGGCGAAAUGCGGUACAACCCAUUCAGGAUCACUCCGUACUUGCUGAAGGUACAAGGAACCGGGGGGGAGGAGGAGGAGGAGCCCUGCUGCUUGGCUCUGGCUGAAAGAAUCAUCUCUGGAUAUGAAGCUCCUCGUAUCCCGAUGGACAAGAGAAUCUUCACCACAACUCACUCACCCGGCUGUGUGUUUCUGGAAGUGGAUGACCGGGCGGUGCCGUUGUUGGGUUACCUGCCUCAGGAUUUGAUCGGGACCUCUCUGCUCACCUGUAUCCACCCUGACGACCGCCCACUCAUGCUGUCCAUGCACCGAAAAGUGCUGAAGUACGCAGGGCAGCCUCCCUUCGAGCACUCCCCUGUGCGUCUGCGCUGUCAGAAUGGAGACUAUGUGACUCUGGACACCAGCUGGUCCAGCUUCAUCAACCCCUGGAGCCGCAAGGUCGCCUUCAUUAUCGGACGACACAAAGUUCGAACGAGUCCCCUGAAUGAGGAUGUGUUUGCUGCUCGUACAAAUGAAGAUCUGGUCCCUUAUGAAGAAAUCAAAGACCUCCAGGCCAAGAUCUACAAGCUCUUUCUACAACCUGUGCAUAAUAACGGCUCGAGUGGAUACGGCAGCCUGGGCAGUAACGGCUCUCAUGAGCAUUAUAUCAGUGUGGCGUCUUCCAGCGACAGCAACGGAAACCUGUGGGAGGACUCGCACAGGGAGCCGAUGACGCUGCAGCAGCUUUGUGCAGAUGUGAACCGGGUCAAGAGCUGGGGGCAGCAGGCCUAUUUCGACUCAACCCUUAAAGUCACUGUCCUCGGGAAACCAGCCACAGCAAAUUUGCCUCCUGCUGAAUCAAACUCUGAAGUCAGAGAUCCAGAGGAGCGAAGGAAACAGGUUCACAUCCCCUCCUACCAACAGAUCAACUGUGUGGACAACAUCAUCAGAUAUCUGGAGAGCUGUACUGGAUCUGCGCUGAAAAGAAAGAAUGAAUCAUAUUCUUUAGGCUCUUCAUCCUCCUCAACUUCAGAAGAUGACAAACCUACAGGAACAGCUGAUACUGCUCAGGCCUCCUCUGAUGUGGUCCUGGACUCUGGCGUUUCGGUCACUCCCUCCGCCGCAGCUGUAGUGGGCGCUCCUCUCACAGAUCUCACACUCUCUACUAAGGCCAUGAGUGUGGUGUCCGUGACUAGCCAGUGUUCUUACAGCAGCACCAUAGUCCAUGUACCCCAACCAGAGUCAGAAGCCACAGCUCUGGAGGAUGCACCAAUGGGCAGUGAGCCAACAGAGACUGCUCUGCCCCCUGCUCGCCCCACCCCCUCCACGGCCGCAGAGGAGCGCCGGUUUGUGGGUCUGACCAAAGAGGUGCUGUCGGCUCACACGCAGAAGGAGGAGCAGGAGUACGUGGACAGAUUUAAACACAGGAUCCUACAGAGUCCAUACAGCUCCUAUCUGCAACUGGACAACAGCUCCAUAGCUCACUCACACCAUCCAGGUGACUACCUUCGGCCUAUCAGCGCUGGGGGGCUGAACCGCUCUCGCAGAGGGAAGCCCAGACACAAACGUCCCAAACCUCAAGGGUCUUCUGACAGUUAUGCCUCUCCCCCUGGACCCCCACGCUGCCUCCCCGACUCUUCCUGGCCCUCCUCCGAAUCUUCACAACCGCAGAUGGCCGCUCCCUUUGGCCAAACCACGCAAUUACAACCCCCAUUCUUCCCUUUAAUGUCACAACAGACUACAGGUCCCACAGAGCAAAAUCUUCGGCCACAAAAUUUGCGGCAACAGCAAGCUACUACUAUUCCCACUCCAAUGGUUUUUCAGCCAGAACAACAAAGUCAAAUGAACUACAAUUUCAAUGUUAUGCAAUCUCCAAAUAUGCCGAUUCAAAUGGAUACGAUUCCAAAUAUUCACCCAAAUUUCAACAAUAUUCAACCAAUUGCCCCUCAGAGUAUUAAUCCCUAUGUAGCACCUGUUAUGGCCGUUCUUCUCCCCAAUUACCCCACGUUUACACCAGGGUACCCCUCCAUAUACCCCCUGUCCACCCCUUCUGUGCUGCCCCAGGCCCCACUCACCACAACGGGCUUCAACCCAGCACCAGUGCCCUUCUCUCCGCUGCCACUUUUCCAGAACCAGGAAGCGCUGAACCAGACUCCGCCACAGGUGCCGCUGCUGUGCUCCCCCAGACCGGGCUCCUCUGUGGGGGAGGAAGAGGAGGCUGCGGGGCCCAGACCUCUGUUCUCCAGUUCUAGGUCCAGUUCUCCUCUUCAGCUCAACCUUCUCCAGGAGGAGCUGCCCAAACCCAACGAGAGGCCGGGGAGCUCCAACCAGCUCAGCGAGAGCCUCCACGAGCAGAUCAACAUCCAGGGCGACGGUCCAAGUGACUCUGGUAACCAUGACGCUCAGUCCACCUCCUCGGAGCUGUUGGACUUACUGCUCCAGGAGGACGCUCGUUCCGGCACCGGCUCCAAUGCCUCGGGAUCUGGAUCGGGAGAAUCUGGAGGGUCCCUGGGCUCUGGUUCUGGGAGCGGCUCCAACGGCACCUCUACCUCACACACUGGCAGCAGUAACAGUAGUAAAUACUUUGCCAGUAACGACUCAUCAGACACUUCACGAAAAGCGCGAAAAAGUCAAGACCCCCCACCAGACCCUCAAGGGUUCGAGUCUCGCGUGGAGAACUCUCUGUGGAGCAUGAUCCAGCACACACCUGACCAUGUCAUGAUGACAUACCAGAUACACACCAGGGACCAGAAUGAGAUUUUGGCGGAGGACCGGGAGAAGCUUAGGGCGCUGCAGCCACUUCAGCCCUGGUUCAGUCAAGAGCAGAGAGAGGAGCUUGCUGAGGUGCACCCAUGGAUCCAACAACAGACCAUACCCCAGGAGAUCGAUACACAGGGCUGUGUAAGCUGUAACUCCGGCUCCGCUCCAGUGCCCCCCCACUCACCUCACAUCAUGGCCCCAGACAGCUCCUCCCUCCUGGACACUUCCUCCCAACCUGCCCCCCUCAUCCAGGACUCCUCCGUGGACACAUGAACCAACAACCAAUCAACACCCACUCAGCUUUAUACCAGAAAUCUGCCCUUUUCACUUGCACAGGGUCCCACUUGUGAACAUGCAACACAAUUAAAAUGUUUUAACUGAGAAAGGCGGCCAUUUUGGGAAUCACCUGCCUUUUUGGGACCAUGAAUACCAUACCUCUAUAUACUAUUUAAAAUGACCACAUCCUCUUACCGUGAAGGAAGGCUUUUCAAAGUAAGUUCUCCUGGUAGGUUGUUGUGGUUUUUAUUUUGAAGCACUGUGGACAAUCCCAGUCUUGUAUAUAAAAUGACUGGAAGACAAAAGAUUGUGCUGGCCAUGAUGCAGCGAGAUUUGCAAGUCGUUAAGUUUUGCUGACUUUUUGUGACCGAUAGUCAAACAGUUGCUGCUCAUGUUUCAUUCUGUUAAAUAUUUUAAAUUUCAAGUUUAUUGUCAAUGGUUGGCUAUAUAUUAUCUUUGCUCACUUAUGAACAACAAUGAAAAUGUCAAUCAUAUACAGCAAACAGCCAAAGUAUUAUGACCAUCAUGACUACUGUUUAAGGGGGACGAUUGGGAGCAAGUGAGUUUUAGUUUUUUUGUUUUGUUGAUAUGUUAGAAGUGGGAAGGUGCACUAUGUAACAUUUCUGUUUGAGGAUUCAACACCUGCUUGUCCCCAUGGAGAUGAUGUGCUUUGCCUGGAACACUCCACAGUAUAGCGUUAAACUGUUUUUAUUGCUCAAAAAUACAUGGAUUCUUACUUGGAAUGGGCUUGUCUCUCCACAGAUCUGACAUGUGCCAUCUCCUACUAAAGUUUGGAGGUGUUAAUUAGAUGUCUCCUACUUGACUAGAUGGAACUAUACAAGUUUAAUGACAUAAAGUGGAACAUUCAGGCAAAGCAAUGACAUCUCAGUGGAGAAUAGUGCCAAAAGGUUGUUUUGUACACCUUUAAGAAUUUAAGCAUGUUUGGAAAAUUAUGUCUGCACACUUGGAUGAAAGCAUCUCCCCAAAAGUGCGACUCUUGUGGGGUGUUUCCAGUGGUCAUUAUUUAUCCAUCAUGGUACUUAGGUUCUGUAUUGGACCUAUUUGGUUUAGUCUUAGGUUAGACCAGGUUUAGUCAUGGUAAAGUCCUGGCUAUAUGCAGCUCUUGAAGGUUGUUUGAAGUCUACUGUGGUCAGUAUCAGAGGUGCUUUAGUCCGGGUUUACUUCUUUAGAUGGGCCUUCUUUAGUCCCGUUUUGAGACCUGGUUUAUUUCAUGUGGUCAUAAUGUAACAGCUGCUUGCUGUAUAUAUCAUAGUAUUGUUUUCGGCGUGGUCUAAAAUCUCACCGGUUCUCUUGAUGUUAUUGUAUCCUAUUGGAACACCAUCCCCUCUGACUAGCAGAGAGUGGCUGUGCAAAUGUGAAAGUGAAAGAUACAAGUUCACUGGCCACUUUAUUAGGUACACCGGUCCUCUGCCAAUUUAUGAGUGACUAUGUCA